AUGGACUCACUCCCAACUCACUUUAGAAAACAAAAAAGAGAAAUUUCUUAGAUCCUCUAAUCAAGUUAAAACCUCCUAUAAUUAUCCCAAUAAUUGGUUUAGACUAGUUAAUCAGAAAUAAAUUCUUAGACAGGUCCCAGAUUAAAUCCAAAUUAAAUUGAAAGCAAAACUGGAGACACUGGAGAUCUUUUAGAAAGUGGAAAUUUACUACAAUAUAGCGAGAAUUCUUUAUAGACUUCAUAGAGUAUUUUUCUUUAGCAAUUCACUGAAAGUGGUUCUUUUUUAAAUUAAUAUUGCCAACAUAUUUCCCUUACUCAAGAAGUUGAAAAUAGGUUAUUCGAAUAAAUUAAGCAGGCCUCUACUUGCAAAUUUAAGAAUAUUUGUACUAAAAAUUGUUAAAUGAAAUUUAAUCCUGCCUACACGAGUGUUUAAUAAAUUUUGUUAUAUUAACUCUAUGAAAAUUAAAUAGUUGAAUUGAAAAACAAUCUAUUAAAGAAUAACUCAUAGAAGCUCAAGAUUUGUGAUGGCCAAGGGUGUGAAUUCUAUUUUAUAUUGGAUGAUUAAUUAUAAAAAAGAAAUUAUUAUUGCCCUUUAUGUUUAGAUAGUUUUGAGUUAAGAUGA